AUGACUGGAUCCGAUUCAACAACACCACCAACCUCACAGGUACAAUCCUUCCUGCAUAGCUUUGGAUAUAUUUUCCUUUCCUUUUCUUCCUCUAUAUCCAUCAUCUUUUGUAACAAGUACUUGUAUCAGUAUUAUAACUUCCAAGCAGGUACCUUGUUGAUGGGUUUCCACUUUUUAUUCACUGCUGUAUUCAGUUAUGCUCUUGCUCAGGCUCACAAUAUCUUCCCUAAAUAUAAAGCAUUGGAAAUGUUCAAAAUGAAGAAGUUGGAAUGGUCCUCUGCUUUCGUUAUGGGCCUGUUGCUGGCUCUCUCUGUUUUGUUCAACAAUUUGAGUUUACAAUUUAACACAAUUGGUGUUUAUCAACUUUCCAAGCUUGUCAUUAUGCCAACCAUUUUGGGAUUGAGCUAUUUGUUUUAUAAGGAAACUGCUUCAAAGGAAUUGUUGUUAUCUGUUGUUUUGAUCAUUAUUGGUUUGGCUAUUACUGUGACUGCCGAAGUGAGAAUUACAUUCUUUGGUACUUUUACUUGCUUCUUGGCCAUUUUGGCUACUGCUAUUCAGCAAUUGCUUCUCCAAAGAAAGAACAAGGAUUUAAAUGCUAACCCAUUCCAAUUGCUCAUCUAUCAAGCUCCAAUUGCUUCCGUGAUUGUUUUGUUGUGUGCUCCUUUCAUUGAUGGAACCGAUGUCAUUGCCUACGAUUGGCAACAAAUGACUUCGGAUCGUUCAUACUUUUCCUUUGUGUUGCUCUCAUGCUUUAUUGCAUUCUAUGUGAAUUUGGGAUCAUUCUUGGUGAUUGGUAAACUCUCUGCUUUGACUUACCAAGUGGUUGGCCACUCCAAGACCAUUGUGAUCAUUUAUGUUGGUUCUUUGAUUUUCAACACUCCACUCAACUGGACUCAAUUCUUCGGAGUUGUCAUUGCCCUAGGUGGUACCAUUUACUACUCCUACAUCAAGAUGAAAGAACAAAAACCAGCAACGGUAACAACUCCAAAAGAAGUUGACACCCCAAUCGCUACCACUGCUGAUAGGGACGAUGUGACUACUGAAGCUGACAAGACGGAUGAGAAAGUGUAA